AAUUCUCAUCUGCUGGACCUAUAAGAUUUCGUAGAAAUCGGAUUCACCUAAGAACACCUUAUGACAGAGAUGCCGCUACUCCUUCUGCAACUACUAGUAUCUCUCUAGAUAAUAUUUCGAUUUACAUUCAUAGAAUAUUUGGAAAGGUAAACAUUGAACAAUUAUCAAAAAAUUGUCGAGAUCCUUCAAAACCUCGUCUUCAUGGAAAUCGUGACUUGGUCGAAACUGAUUCUAGUGCUCGUAUCGAGGAAAAAUUGUUAAUGGAAAGUCUUCCAAUCGUUCAUAAAAAAAGAGGUUAUUCGUACUCGGCAAGAGAAAAAGAUAUUGCUGCUGAAACAGACUUUUUAUCUGGCAAAAAAAGACUUUCUGAAGUCAUUCCACCCUCAUCAUCAUCAUUGAGUCCAAGUAAUAAAAUCAAACCUUUAGGUUUUAAGAAUUUCGCUCAUUUGCAAGAUCAAAAUUCAAAAUCCAAUUCAUCUGUAUUAUAUGAGAAUGAUGUUGAUCAAAUAAAGAAAAUUCUUGUGAAACCACCAGUUUCUAAGAGAUUUAAAUAUGAACAAUUAAAUCAAGCGAAAAUUGAUUUUGUUAGAAAUCCUAUAAAAAUUGAUCCUAAAAUUUUAUAUGAUAUAGAUAAUUAUAAUCUUUCAUUAACUAAUAAUGGGGCAAUGUCAUCAUCAUCAACUAUUGGUAAUAAUGUUAGUAGCAGCAGUGGUAGGACUAUUAUAUCAUCUUCGCCUGUUCAAAAGCCUGAUCCAGCAAAUUAUUUACAAUAUGAUUUUUCAAUAAUAACAAAACAAAAAGAAGAAAAAGAAGAAUUAGAUAGUUCAAAUAUGAUUAUUACCAAUGACAAUAUUAACAAUGACAAUGUUAAUAAUGUUGGUGUUAACAAUGUUAAAUCAGGCAUAUUAUCUACAAGUAAUUCACUUGCUUCAAAAAAUAAUUAUGAUAGUAAACAAUUAGAUAAUGAAAUACCAAAACUAAAAAAUGAUUUCUCAAUUCCAUUUUCAACAAACAAUAAGAUCAUCAAUAAUAAUAAUCACAAUUCUAAACCAACCUCAAAUAUCUCUAAAAAUUUUUUUGAUGAACCUAUUGAUGAUAAUCUUAUUAUCAAAGAUGUGAAUUCAAUUCCUUUAGUAUCAAGUGUAACUAAUAAUCCAUUUUCGGUCCCUUCUUUUGAUCUUAAUAAUGCUAAUAAUACAAUUUUACAAACAGAAGAAGCAAAAGUGUCUGCUCCUACUGCCAACAUUACUACCACCAGUACUAGGGAUACUGCUUCAAAUAUUGUAACUGAUGAUAAAUCUGCUAAACCAAUUUCAACAACACCAUCAUCGGCUGCUCUUGUUUCCAUCACCAAAUUUAUUGUGCCUAAAGAGGCUGUCAAAUCUUCUCCGGUAAAUAAUGUUUUUGGAUCAAAGUUUUCUUCACCAAAACUAAAUGAAGACCAAACAUCAAUAGAUCUAAACACAAAUAGCUUGUUCAGCACAAAGCCUAAUCUAACGUCACCAGCAUUUAUUAUCAAUCCAUUGGUAAAACCUGCUGAUUUAGUAGAUUCUAAUGAAAAAGAAACAGCAAACAAAAAUAAAAAGGAGGAUAGUCAGAUUGAAAAUAAUAAAGAGACUAUGCAAACGCCUUUAACAAAACCAUUAUCUUCUACUUCAUUUAUUACACAACAGUCAUCAUCUCCAACAUCUUUGGAUAUAAGUUCACAUUCUGAUUCAAUGGAUAUUGAUGUAGGCUCUUCCGCUUCUCUCACUUAUGUCAGCUGCAUUCGAACUAAUCGUAAAACUGAUCUGGUAUCAAGUCAUAAUGAAUCAAAUAUGAUCCAACCUGUUGAUAUUGGCGGUGGUGGUGCUAAUAAUGGAGGUUCUUCAUUUAAAUUUGAUUUAGAGGUUCCAAAAACACAACCUAUUCAACUUUAUUCGCCUGAUACAUCUUCAACUUUUAUAUUUAACAAUCCAUUUUCAUUGCAACAUCAACAACAGCAACAAAAUUCUUUUGGUGGGGGUCAAAGUAGCAGCAAUAUCAAUAAUAAUAUAUUUCAGAGUCCAAUUAAUAAUUUCUCUAAUAAUGAUUCACAAAUGCCAUUUUUCAACUUUGUUGAUAGUGGUGAUGUUAGUGGUAAUUCUUUAGUGCUAAACACUCAACCAGUUUCAGGUAGACCAAUUGCCAAACCAGUCAGUAAACGCC